GCGGGGAUCGUUCGGAGGAAGCGACACCCGUAGCUCCGCUUUACCGCCGCAUUCUCGAGCGUUCGUCUCCGUUCGUCUCCUCGUCGUCAUCGGCGUAGUAGUAGCAGCGGCAGCAGAAGCAGAAGCAGAAGAAGCACCAGCAGCAGCACGCCACUACUACCACCGGAGCAGGAGUAGUAGUAGUAGUAGUAGUAGUGUGCCCAGUAUACAGAAGCACCAGGCAACGCAGCAAUCGGUGUGCGAUCGCGGUCUACGCACGUACUCGCCGCCCGCGCCCGCGCGCGCGCGCUCGCUCGCUCGCUACAAGCUCGUUGUUACAACCACGUAUUGCUCUUCGUUGAUUUUUUGUGUUUUCAUUGUUCUCUCUCUCUCUCUCUCUCUCUCUCUCUUCCCCCCUUCGCGCGUUCCUUCUUUUGCUAUUUUUUUUUGUUUUUUUUUUCUUUCUUUCUUUUCCUCCCCGAGCGGAAGAUCACGCUUCUUCUUCUGCUUUGCGAGAUCGUGUCGUCGUUAUCUCCUCUCCCUCCCCCUCCCUGUUCCGCCAUUAAUUUUUGGCGGUUUGUGUGUUCGUGAAAGAAAGACGAAAAAAGAAACGACUCCUCUUCCCCGUGUCUACUGGUUUCGAUCGUAAUUUUUUUUUCUUACUUACUGUCGGCAACCGAGCAGUGUCCGUCGCGUUCACCGUGCCACCGAUCCACCACCACGGCUAGUGAUCCACGCUCGAAAGGAGAAGGGAACAAAGAGAGCAGCCAGGAGAAAAGGAAAGAGAAAGAUAUAGAGAAAGAGAGGAGAGAGAGAGAAAGAAAGAGAGAGAGAGAGAGAUCGAGCCGUUCGGAGUGGGAGGGAGAGAGAUCGAAGUGACGUUUCCGUGGGAGUUCCUUCUCGAACAGAGGUGGAAUCCUUUCGCGAGUGCGUAGUGCGCGCGUAAAGAGGGUUCUUCGUGUUUGCUGCUCCCUCCGUUCCACAACGUAUAGAACGGGUCAUGCUCUAGAUACGGUUUUCUGCGAGUUACUUGCUCGACGCGUUAAUAAAAAUAUCGUAUCCGACCCGAGUUCGUCGAGAGCUCGAGGAAACCUAAGAAGACUCGUAUCGAUAGAAGAGGGACAGAGAAAGAGAUCGAAAGAAAGAAAGAAAGAAAGAAGGAGCGAGAGGAAGAGAGAGAGAGAGAGAGAGAGAGAGACGGAGGAGUGAAAGGGAAAGCGAAAAGUGGAUGUGAGUAGUGAUAGGAAGAAUAAAAGGAGGGGGAGGAGUGUAUUGUGCGUGUGUGUCUCUCUCGCUCGCUCGAUCGCUCUGGCACGAGUUUUCGAUAUCGCCGGAAAUAUCGAAAGCUCGUCAAAAUGAUGGGAAAGAGAACGCAGUGUUACUUGUGCGACCUACCCAGAAUGCCCUGGGCAAUGAUCAUGGACUUUUCCGAGCCGGUAUGCCGUGGAUGCGUGAAUUACGAGGGAGCCGACCGAAUAGAUCUCGUAUUGGAGUCGGCCAAACAGUUGAAGAAGGCUCAUGGUUUUCAAGAUGCCAGGCCGUCCGCGUCUAAGGGUUACAGAUCGGCCGGUCAUACGGAACACAACGGUGGCCCGAAUUUGGACGUUCUACCGAUACAGAACGCCGGUCAAACGCAUUCGAGGCAUCACAACAUUGCCGCCAGUUACUCCCAAUUGCAUCACAGGAACUCUAUAACCGAAUUCAAUUCCGGUACUACGAGACAACAAAUAUCGAGACAACACGAGGACGGUCACGAUCUUGGUAAUGGAUUGAGAGGGAACAACGUUAGAAUUCCUAACGCCCAUCUCGCCGCUGUCGCCCAUCACGUGAGCCUAGGUCAUAACAGAGGUAUGUCGCAAUUGAAACGCGGCAUAUCGGCGAUUGACGAGGACGAACACACGGAGAAAAGGCUAUCGUUGGAGGAUCAACAUCCGGUAAGGCCGCCUCUGACGAGGGGCGACUCUUUGCCCGCCGUCAGUCUGGCCGUUAGCUACGUUCACGAUAGAAACAAGGAGAAACACCCUGUUAGGGCGCCGAGCUUCGAAACCGCGACCACGUUCAAGGCCAAUGUUGCUUACGUUGGCUCGUCCAUUCCGUUGGCACCUGCAAACGUAGCGGCAAAUGGCGGAGGAUCUCCUCUUCGUCCUAGAACGAGUCCUCCGCCGCCACCUCCACCAACGCAAGAAAGUCCUAACGAUAACCCACAGAAUAAUCAUCAUCAGGGAUCGACGAACGGACCUUCACCGAUGGCCGCCUUGAUGUCUGUUGCCGACAAUCUGACGUCUCCAGAACCCGUACCCCAGCCACCAAACAAUCCAAGUCCCACGAGCAGAAGCCCACCAACUACAGCCACCAACGUUCAACAACGUAGCGCUUCCAGAGGUUCUCAACACAGUCCUAAUGGUUCAGUCAAUUUUCUCUCAGGAACGUCGGGCAGAAGAUCUAGCUGUUCCAGGCACGUAUCUUCGACGACGGUAACGACGUCGUCUGAAGGUGCAGUGGCACAAUCAGCAGGUGCCGA